UCACUCCAAUCCUCUGUUCUACUGUAAAUCCUGUUCUUCAUCAAUGGCGGAUUCUGGUUUCGAAGGCUUCGAAAAGCGCCUUGAGCUUCAUUUCACCGGCGAUGAACCCAUUAUCCACAUGGGUCUCCGCCAAAUCGACUCGAAUUCCCUCGAACAAAUCCUCCGAACCGUCCACUGCUCCAUCGUCUCCUCCGUCGGAAACCACUUCUUCGACGCCUACGUUCUGUCGGAAUCAAGCCUCUUUAUCUAUCCGACAAAAAUCAUCAUCAAAACCUGCGGCACCACUCAGCUCCUCAAAUCCAUUUUCCCUUUCCUUAAUCAAGCUCGCAAUCUUGGUCUCAAACUCUGUUCUUGUCGUUACACCAGAGGCAAUUUCAUUUUCCCCAAAUCUCAACCCUUUCCCCAUUCGAGCUUCAAAGAAGAACUCCGUUACUUAGAAGAAUCACUCCCCAAAAACCUCCGUUACCGGAAAGCCUCGGUUAUCCCUUCAAAUCUCCCGUCGCAUUCCUGGCACGUGUUCUCCGCCGCCGAUGAUGCCGUUUUCCUCCACCCAAACCUGGAGUUUCUCUACACCGUUGAAAUUUGUAUGACGGAGCUCGACCGGAUUCUUGCCCGGAAAUUCUACUGCCGGCCCGGCGAGGGAAAAACAGGGAAUUCGGCCGGAAAGGAGAUGACCCAUUUGACUGGAAUUGGAGACAUUAAUCCAAGCGGUUUGAUUUGUGAAUUUUCGUUUUUUCCUUGUGGGUAUUCGAUGAACGGGAUCGACGGGGACCGGUAUUCGACGAUUCAUGUGACGCCGGAGGAUGGGUUUAGUUACGCGAGUUUUGAGUGUGUCGGGUCGGUUUACGAUGACCCGGAUGAUUUAGUUCGUACGUUGAAGAAGGUCGUGCAGAUUUUCCGGCCCGCGUCGAUGUCCGUGGCUACCACCGGCGCCGGCCAUGAGAUCUGGACACGCGUCGCCGGCGCUCUCGAUCCGCUUGGAUUUAAGUGCCGGAGUUGUGCCGUCGACGAUUUUCCGGCUGCCGGAAGUGUAGUGUUUCAAACCUUCACGGCUCGCAGGAAAUAGUCCACUGACGUGGCGGUGACAGGGAAGGUGGUGAUUGGAUAAAGUGAACAUCUGGGUUUUACUUACGUGGAAAUAUGAUGACGUGGUAGUACGCUGGCGGAAUCUAAUACGCUGAUCAUCAUCGUGAUGAACGGCUGGAUGACGCCUAAAAUUUUCCAGCUGGGAGAGAGAGGGUCGUCCAUACUUAGCCUACGUGGAAUUUUCCUCAUUCUUUUUGUUAUUUUUUUCACCUCGCUAUUUGUCGAUUAAUAU